AUGAACGCACUAGCUGCGAAAGACAAAUUUUUUCAACAACUACCAGACGCAACUGGGAAGCUAGGUGCAUCCAGUCAUCAGAAAUGCACAGCAGCAUUGAGGUGUCUAGCAUAUGGAUCAGCAUCUGACGCAGUCGACGAGUACAUCAAAAUUGCUGAAUCAACAGCAAAGGAGUGCCUUGUGCACUUUGUGCAAGGAAUUCGAAAAGUUUUUACGAACGAGUACUUAAGGAGGCCUACGGUAACCGACUUGCAACGCCUCUUACGUGACGGGGAAAGGCGGGGUUUUCCUGGAAUGAUGGGCAGCAUAGAUUGCAUGCAUUGGCAAUGGAAAAAUUGCCCACGAGCAUGGAAAGGGUUGUAUCAAGGAAGAGCUCCUGAGGUCACAUUUAAUGUGAAUGGUAAUACCUAUAAUAGGGGAUAUUACCUAACAGAUGGGAUCUACCCUAAAUGGGCAGUGUUCAUGCCAGCAAUUCGACUCCCACUAUCUCCCGUCGAUGAGUUGUUCACCAAACGUCAAGAAUCAGUUCGGAAAGACGUCGAACGUGCGUUUGGGGUUUUACAAGCACGCUUUGCAAUAAUACAAAGGCCAUCACUCAUUUGGGAUGAACACUUAAUGUGGGAAAUAAUGCUGGCGUGUAUCAUUCUUCACAAUAUGAUUGUCGAGGAUGAACGGGAUACAUAUCUAAAUUAUCAAGACGCAUCACACUUCGAGCAAGAAAAUGCCUCGAUUGCUAGUACUUCGUCUAGCCAUAGGCUUGAAACAUUCUCUGUUCAACCUGGUCGCUACAAUGAUAUAGGGAUGCAACAAUAUUUGCAAAAUAGAGCUGAUGCGUGGGAUAGAGAUGUUCACAACUCCUUACAAAAGGACUUGGCUCAACAAUUUGGCACAAUUGUCGCCAAUCAACCAAUGAUGAGUGAAUUAUUGUUUGUAAUAUUAAGUGUAGCCAUUGUUGUAAGAAAUCUCAAUUAA